AUGAGGAACUUGAGGAUUGUUGUUAAUCCCCUCACAGCAGUUCCAAUUACCUCACUAUCUUUUGAUCCCUUUGAAGAAUUGCUAUGGUGCGGUAACAUGAACGGACGUGUUUCUUCUUUUUUUGCUGGAAACGGCUACGAGAAGUAUACUUCUUUCUGCGCUGCAGAUGGGGAUAUCCGUGAUAUUGCCAUAACGGAAAACGCAGUGUUUUCGUUAUCAGCUAAUACACUGAAGGCCAAUACUAGACAAGGCUUACAUAUAAAUACUCACACAUCUUCGAACUGUUCUAACUUAUCGGAGCUAUUCUGUGUACCCCAAACUCCGUUUCUAAUUAUGGGUGGAAAUCAACCUUCGAUUGUUCAAUAUGAUUAUGAGAAACAAAAAGAACUCAGAGCAGUUCAAAUCAAAGAGAAAAACAUUACUGGAAUAAGAAGUAACGGCAAUUUCAUAUUCACAUCGGAUAGUUUCGGCAAUAUUGCAAUGAGGUCAAUGAGUUCGUUUGAAACACUACGAGUUCUGAAAGAUGUUCAUAGUGGCUCUAUAUCAGACUUUGAUGUUUGUGGAAACAAACUUAUCACCUGUGGCUGCUCACUGAGAAUGGAUAAAAUACAUGGAGAUGCAUUCGUGAAAGUCUAUGACUUGCGAUUCUUCCAACCACAAAAGCCACUGCCAUUGUCCUUUUCACCUGCAUUUGCCCGUUUCCUACCGACGUUUUAUGAUUCGCGAAUAGUUAGUAUAUCUCAGAUGGGCCAAGCUCAGUUAUCGGAUUUGAAUAAUCAACCAGGAUACCCUUUCAUCGUAGAUUGUGAAGGAUAUGUUAGUGCUUUUAAUAUAUCAACUACCAAGCAGAUCAUGGCUUUCGGAGACAUGGUCGGGAAUGUCCAUGUGUAUGCUGAUCGUCCUAACCCUAUAGUCAACGAGCAUUCAUAUGAAACCGAGUUUGCAGAUCCUUCGCUUGGACCACCUCAUUCUUUCACUAUUGAUGAUACUCAAACCUCACUAGCUUCUGUUCCCUUCCCCUUUUCCCCAGAUGAAACCUUGUUAUCCGAUUGGCCAGAGGAACUCUGUGUGCCUAUGCACAGGAAGAGUAAACCUUGUGGUCCUUACGCUAGCAUUAAAAACAUUCAAUUUGUCGGAUAUGCUGCGAACCCUAGAGCCGCUACCCUAUUUAGAUAUUUUAAUGUUGUACCCUAUUUUUUGGAUUUUGAGCCUGAGCGACCCGAAACGCCAGAAGAAAAAGGUCCUGCAGUAAUUCCUCAGUUUUAUCGUAAAUUACGAAUAAAACCUUCCCGAGUGGGUGUUGGUGAAACUUCAACGUUAUUGGCUUAUAAUAAAACUAACAUAGUCCCCUUAGAAAGUACUUCUAGUAGUGUUUAUAUAGAUUCUGUUGUUCAUUCCCUAAAUGGCAUUCCUGUCUUUCAAAACUUGUUAAUUUCUCAUAUUUGCGAUCAUGAGCAUUGUAUUGCAUGUCAACUUGGCUUCCUCUUUAGGAUGUUAUGCCAAAGAAAACAGUGUUCCAGUGCAACGAGUAAAAAUCUCGUACGUUCGAUAAUCGCGGGUGGUGGUUGUCCAGAACUAACUGGCGAUGCUUUAACAUCGGCUCACAAUGUAAUCACUUAUCUUCAUACUUCGAUUAAUUCGGGAUUAUUAACUCAAGAAGAAUUAACCAUCCUAAGAAGUGUGAUGGGUUUUGAGUUGGCUGUACACACACGAUGUGUUAGAUGUUCUACAAUUUCUUUGAAGGACGAGGAUAAGAUUUACGUUACUCUGCAGUAUCCAGCAGCUGUUGAACAUAUGACCCUGUGUGGGCUGAUCGAGAAAGCAAUCCAUGCUCGACAGCUUGCCGAACAGCAGUGUAACUCUUGUUUAACGAAGACAAGUGUGGAAGAGAAUAGAAAAAUUAAAAGGUUACCCCCUGUCAUCGCGGUUGAUUGUAAUGCUUCCAAUCCAAACUUUGUUUCCUUCUGGACAAAUCAGCUUCGAUUAUCUGAAAGACGACCCAAGUAUAAUCGACCAGAAGAUGAAUGUAAUUUGGCUGGGAAGACUGAUGGUCCAUGUCGUUAUGGAGAGUUUUGUCGCAAUAAGCAGUUCUGUAAAUAUAUACACCUCGAUGUUGCAUGGGAUGCAGAGUGUGAGCGUUGGUUAUCAACAACGGGUGGAGUUUGGAAACAAUUUGUUACUCCAACAAUCCAUGCUAAGUUGUCGAAUGGUAUCACCAUAUUGAGUGAUAAAGCUGUGGAGAAUGAGACGGAAGCAUAUGAACUUGCUGCUAUGGUGGUAGCUAUCAAAACUGAUGAGGAUGGCCCUUGGAAUCAUACUGUUGCUAUUGUGAAGAAUAAUAACAAUGAAGCUCUGCCUUGGGCUAUCAUAAAUGAAUCCCUAGUCACUGAAGUUCACACAGAGGAGGCUCUCUCUAUCAAUUCUAAGUGGAAGUUACCUCUGAUGUUUAUCUACGUUAACCGCAAGAAUGCUGUGAUAGAGCAAGGAUGUGGCAAAAAAUUAGUACCGUCACAUGUUUUCCACAAUGAUACUAACCUAACAGGUGAUGAUGAAGUGGCCCGAGAGAGAAAAACUUGGAAUAUUCCCCAGAAGCAAGAUGUUGUUGGUAUCGAUGCCGAAUUUAUCGAUAUCAGUCGGGAAGGGAAAAAGUCUGUUGCUCGGGUCAGUGUGGUAGAUUUGAAUACAUCGAAUGUUCUUAUUGAUGAUUAUAUUGUUACGUGUGCUGGAGAUGUUGUUAAUGAUUACCUAACACCCUUCAGUGGUAUUCGGGAGGAUGAUUUGAAUCCUCAUAAAUCAACUAAGCAUCUUACAACUUUGAAACGAUGCUACUUAAAAAUUCUUCAUAUGGUUGAAAAUGGUGUAGUGUUUGUUGGCCAUGGGCUGAAUAACGAUUUUUCGGUAUUGAAUAUAUAUGUUCCACCUGAACAAAUGAUUGAUACUGUACAACUAUUCCAUUUGCCCCAAAAGAGAAUGAUUUCGCUUCAGUUCUUGGCAUGGUAUCUACUUGGAGAAAACAUCCAGGAAAGUGUUCAUGAUUCCGUUGAGGACGCGCGCGUCGCUCUUAACCUCUAUAAGAAGUGGAAAGAAUUCGAAGAAAGUCAUACACUGGAUAAUGUUUUGACGCAACUGUAUGAAACUGGUGAGCAGUGCAAUUGGAGAACCCCCUUCAAAAGCGUUUCUCCACAAUCAGACGGAAGUCAAAAGUAG